UCCAUAAACAAAAGUAUCAAAUCCUAAAGAAAAAAAAUAGAGAACAAUCCACAAUGGUUUUCUCUACAAAUCGCAAAUUCUUUUUCACAUCAUUCUUGUUUUUAAUUAUCCUCACAAAAGCGUCGACGUUUGGUAUUUCAUCACCCAAACAAGUCGUGAUGAUUAACAAAUUAGGCGUACGCCAAACUAUAGACGUGCAUUGUAGAAGCGGGAAUAAAGGGGGUGAUUGGUAGUUGCUGUAGGUGCUGUCCACAGCUCUAUUUAUUUCCACAGCACCAAAUUCAGAGCAAUCAAGCUUUAAAUUCUUUUUUGAAACUACAGCUCUUAAAAUAUCCUACAGCUGUACAAGUGCUCUGCAGAGCCAAAUAUCCAAAGCAAUUUUUUAGUGCUUCAAUAAAAUUCUACAGCAAUAAAAUCUAAAGCCACAGCAAAAAGUCUACAGAUUUUUUUCUACAGCAAAAUAUUUAAAGCUACAGCCAUUACCAAUCGGACCCAAAGAUUUAGGGCCUGUUUCGCUCAGACCUGGAGCUAUUAUGAGUUUAAGUUUCCUACAAAUUCGUGGAUAGCUACAAAGUACACUUGCAGUUUCAGAUGGCCUGACGCAGGCAAAGAGUUGUGGUACGACAUUUUCACAUCGAGUAGAGACGCCAACGUUUGUAAUCUAUGCCUUUGGUAUAUUUUCGACAGUAUAAUUUGUCGGAUGCGACUUGAUAGGGAAGAACCUACAAUUUGUGAUAUUUGGAAUCCUCUCCAUUAGAUAAUAUUUAAUUAUUUUUAAUAUAUAUAUAUAUAUAUUUACUUGAAAACUAAUAAUUAAAAACUAGAUCAAAAUGGUGGUGUUGUUAUUAUCCUUAUAGAAUAAUGAUAUUUGAUUGCUUUUAGAAAUACAAAUUAUAUGAAAAAGAUUUUCGUAUCAAAUCCGAACAGAAACUAAGAUUCGAGUACCUAACAAACAACGCAUCUUCUUCCCGAUUUGUACGUGAUAGUGGUUCCAUGUUUUAAGGAACGAACGUACCUAACUAUCUUUGAUAUGUGUUUCAAAAGUUUACGUUUCCAUAUUCACUUCUUUCAAUGAGUACUUUUGCUUCAUCUCUCUGAUUACUCCAAAACCGAAACGGCAGACUUCCCGUGGCCUUCACGAUUAAUCAGAAGAAAAAAUGGAUCCGAUUGCUACAGUGAAAGAUGGAUUCAACCAAGUUGCCAAGAGACAAAAGCAUUACCACUCCAUUUCCCAAGCUGUCACCGACCGAGCUUUUGAAGGAUUCGUAGAGUCACUCGUUCAGAUCAUAACAAAGAACGACCCCAAAACAGUUCUCGCCGAGCUGAAGCUCAAGCUCGACUCUCUUUUACCGAUCAACCAUCUCCAGGAAUCACAAAAGGAAACGAACACUAGUCUCACCAAGUUCGAGAAAGUUCUCGGAAAAUCUGAUAUGUUUCCAGCCUCCAGAAGCAUUGAUUUGGACCAUCAGCUAGUUGACAAGAUGCUUGUCGAGUAUCUUUACCGACAAGGGUUGUUCGAAGUUGGAGAGAUUCUUAUUAAAGAAGCUGAAGUAGAGGUGGAUGAUCAACUCAGUGAGGCUGUAGCAAGGUCUCUCGAAAUCCACAAAGUAACCGAGCCACUGAAAGAGAAAGACACUGAGCCCGCGAUGAGAUGGAUCUCUGAGAACAGCGAGAAGCUGAAGGAAGACGGUUCAAAACUGGAGAUGGAACUCGUAAGUCUGAAGUACUGGGAGAUGUUAAGACAAAGGAAACGUCCAGAGGCUUUAAGGUUUGCAAGAGCUCAUUUCCCAAAGUUCGCUUCACUCCACAGUGUAAAGAUACGUAAGCUUAUAGUCGCUCUCUUAUGGGUUACAGAUCUUGAGAAUUAUCCUCACGCGGAGGAGCUGUUUCCAUUGGGUUGGGAGGAGGCAAGCAGAGAGCUAACCAAGCUGUACUACAAUCUCCAUGGCCAACCGUCUAGUUCUUUGUUGGCAGUGGCGUUAUCAGCUGGUGUAGAGAGCUUACCGAGGCUUUUGAAGCUGAUUCGUGUGAUGGGUUUGAAGGAAGAAGAGUGGGGAGAGAUGAAAGAGCUUCCGGUUGAUCUGGAGUUGGGUGAUGAGUUUCGGUUUCACUCGGUUUUUGUGUGUCCGGUUAGUAGAGAGCAGAGUGAUGUAUACAACCCGCCGAUGAUGAUGCCGUGUCGUCAUGUUCUUUGCAAGGAAACGAUCUUGAGACUCUGCUUGUGCUGUAGUACUCGCAGAUUCAAGUGCCCUUAUUGUCCUGCAUACACCACAGCUUCUGCAUGCAGACAGUUAUACAUUUGAGAGAUAGUUUGGUCUUGUUCAGCUCAAUAAGUAGUUAUAAGUGACAAAUACAUUUGUUUUCUCCUUAGAGAGCUUUCUUUCUUCUUUAGUCUCUAGUGAAACUAGUUCACAAGAUAUGGAUUGUGUAUCUUGGUAGCUAAGUUAGGGCAAUAAAUGGUGUUUUAUCAUUGGGACUAGCUUUCUUUACUUAAUUACUCCUAAGCAAAACUUAAAUGGUGAUUAACUUAGAAACAG